UCUUCGCUCCCAUGUCGUCGCGACUGAAGCUUCUUGUUUUCCUACUUCUCGGGUAACCUGGGUAAUCCUAGUUGAUCAGCGUUUCGGCCGGAAGGCGAAGUCAGUACUGAAACUUCCCUUACUAUUAGGCAAACGAGUGACCCUGAAGGAGAAAAGUGCAUGUUUGCGGGUAUUGUGAAAAGGGUAAUUUGCGACACUAGAACAGCGACGCGUGAGUGCUGGAGUAGGCCCGUGCGAAAAUUACUUCCGAAAAAGAUGUCCUUUUUACGAUGCGGAGUAUCGGCACUCUUCGAUGCAUGAAGAACGAAACUCUGAAAGAAGCCAUGGAAGAACCUCAUUCAGUUAGCAGUCCAAGGAGAAUUCUCAGUCUAUCAAAGAAGAAACGAGCAAGCGUUUCCUUUUCAGAUCCAGAUGAUAAAGCUUCUGGCUUUGGAUUGUCCGGAGAACAUGGUCCCAAACCUUCAGAGGUCUAUGGCUUUGUAGGAUCUAUCACAACUGUUGUGGCUACAGUUAUUUUCUUUACAUGGGCAUAUGUUCCUGAGCAUUGGCUACAUGCUGUUGGGAUCUAUUACUAUCCUAGCAGAUAUUGGGCUCUGGCUGUGCCAACUUAUAUUGUCGUGACAGUUGCAUUGGCUUUGGCAUUUUAUAUUGGCCUCAACUUCCUCUCAACCCCUCCUCCAACAUCCUUAAAUACACUCUUUGAUGAAUUUACUAGAGAUCCAUCAAUAUUCGGUCCUUUGGGAGAGGGAGACGAAUUGCCCAUAGAACCCCUAUCUGAUAUUCCCAUCAACGAAAUUAAUAGACUAAUGUUUGAUGAUGUAAAUUGACUACUAGCAUGACUCUGCCUAGGGUGUAAUGCUGUUUGUUCAUUUUGCUUGUCAGAACAGAGCAGUCAAAUCAAGAGAAUGGAAGAUCAUUGUGAACCAAUGGUAGUAUUAUUUGGAAAGAUCAAGCAUAUAGCUUGGGCAAUAUCUGACGGUUUUGUACUGCCACGAACGGCAGAGAUCAUCUUACCAUAACGGCAUAUUGCAUUGCUUAGA